AUGUUCGCAAACAAGUCCACCAUCAUCACCGGCGCAAACAAAAAUUUGGGUAAGGAGACUGCAAUUGCAUUUGCAAAGGAAGGUUCAAACGUCUUGUUGCAUUACCAUUCUGAUUCCUCUGCAAAGGAGACCCAAGAACUAGCGCAUACCAUUUCCUCAGAAUAUGGGGUUAAAACAGCUCUUUAUCAAGGAGACUUAUCCAACGAAGAAGUCACUAUUGCUUUAUUUGAAAAAGGUAUUGAAGCCUUCGGUAAAGUUGAUUAUGCGAUUAAUAACGUUGGUAUGGUUCUAAGAAAGCCACUUGCUGAGACCUCUCUUGAAGAAUACAACAAGAUGAUCUCCAUCAAUGUCACCGCUUCUUUUCUCUUUCUAAGAGAGGCCGAAAGGAAAUUAGCUGACGAAGGCUCAGUUGUUAUGUUGACCACCUCUCUUCUUGGCGCAUACACCGAUGGUUAUUCUCUCUACCAAGCUGCAAAGUCUGCUGUCUAUUGGAUGUGUAAGACUGCUUCUAAGGAGACCACCAAAAGAAUAACCUACAAUUGUGUUUCUCCAGGUCCAAUGGAUACCCCAUUCUUAUACGGCCAAGAGAAUCAGCAAAGGAUUGGCUUUUUCAAGUCUCAGGCAGUCCAGCAAAGAUUAACCGAGGUUGCAGACAUUGUCCCAAUUAUCAAAUUCAUUGUUAAAGAUGGUAAGUGGAUGACUGGUCAAAACUUAUACGCUAAUAAUGGAUUUACCGCACCUUCCGCUUAA